AUGCAAGACAUCCUCCUGGAUGCAGAUAUUUGGGAGGAGAUGCCGUCCUGGCGGCAGGGUGAAUUAGAACCACCUUCUCAGCACAUAGUGCGUGCUCCUGCAGCCUCCCCAGAUGUACGCGGGGCUGCAAAAGCGACAGGUUCCCGCUGGCACACGUUGCCAGCUCGCACCCCUUUGUCGGCUGCUCUGCAGAGGUUGCAGGCAGCUGCAGGCGCCUCUGCAAGUGGUUGCGGGCUAAGUGACACUGGGGCAAGUCCACAGAAAAGAGCUAGCAUCAUCUGUUAUGCUCCGCCUACACCCAGCCCAGGUUGCUCUCACUGGGAAGCGGCCGCCGCCGCCGCCGCCGCCGCCGCUACCGCCGCCUCUGCCCCUGGUCCCGACCCUGCCCCGGCUGUGGCUGCCACAGCGUCGCUCUGA